CCCGCCGCUCUCGUGCCACGGUCAGUCAUCUGCAAAUCACAGAUGGCGUAACAUGUCAGUCGGUGGAGUUAUCGCGUAAGUGAGUGAGUUGUUAUCAGUGUUGGUGUGUUUAAAAUUUCAAAACAUUUGUGAUGGCGGAACAGAAACUGAAAGACAUUUUAGAGAAGGCUGCGGAUAGUGGACGUUUUGGUAAUAAUUUUACAUUUGUAGAUUUAAUUCCAAGUGAUGUGGAGGGGGAGGACCAUUUUGCUUCUGCUGUCAUUUUCGCUGAAGUGAAAUUAAAGAACGGGUCGUGCGACAAACACGUGAAAGUGGUGAUUAAAAAACAACAACAUAACGCGUUCGUACGGGACAUGAUGAACACAGACCCUCAAUUUUACAAUGAAGCUUUAAUGUAUAACGAAAUAUUGCCGUUCAUGGAGAAAAAUGGAAUCGUAGAGAAUUCGUUCCCGAAAUCCAUUUACUGUAACGCUACACUCGGUGAUAACUUCGAAGACGACAUUCUGAUAUUCGAGGAUCUAAAACAAGACGGGUACAGGUUGACUGCAGAAAAGCUAUUUUUAGAUUUCGACCACUGCGCCGUGGCGCUGAAAAAACUCGGUCGAUUUCAUGCGCUCUCUUACUCAAAGAAACAGGAGAACCUCGAGAGAUUUCUGUCCGUGGUGGGCAAACUCAAAGAAACCAGAUGGGAAACCCACCAGAGAGACGAGUCAAAUAAAUUCUUACAAGUUUCAAUUGAGAGAGGGAUGUUGCCACUAAUGGAAGAGGGCGGAGAACACAAAGAGAUAUUGGAGGAGAUUAUGAGUCACGCAUACGAAGAUCCACAUUCUUUAAUGAAGGGACUGUGCAAACCGGAAGAGCCCUUCGCAGUCCUGUGCCACGGCGAUUUCUGUCGCAACAAUAUGGUGUUUCGGUACGAUGCCGACGGUAAACCGGAAGACGUACGUUUCUUCGAUAUGGCCACCGCUCGCUACGCGUCUCCAGCCAUCGAUCUUUCGUUCUUCCUGUUCCUGAACACUUCGGCAGAGCUUCGCCGCACUCGUUGGGACGAACUCCUGCAGGUCUACCACGACUCCCUCGCCUCCGCCCUCCCUGACUGCCGAGUGCCCUCCCUCGACAUAAUACGCCUCGAGGUCACCCGAAGAGCCUUCUACGGAUACGUCCUCUGCAGCUUUUUCAUACCUAUGAUGCUCGACCCUGGUUCUAAGACGGAGCUCGACGACUUUGCCUCGCUUACGCCUGAAGAGAUGGACACCUCCGUUCGCUCGAAGGGUGGCCAACAAGCUACCGACUACGUCACGGACAUUGUCAGGGACCUUAUCAGAAUGAAGAGCUUGUGAUGUAAUCACGCUAUUAUUUAAGGAGUUCCUCAGGUUUUUUCAAGAUAAGUUUAUCACGUAUUUAGUACUUUUAAAAAUAAUUAAAUAACAUUUUAAUAGUG